UGACUCCAAGGAGAGCCCACACUUCCAGACUCUGACUGCACAGCAUGACGGCUGCUAUCUGAUGAAAGCAGGAGGGCCCGCCGGCUCUGCAGCCCCCAUGCAAGAAACACACAACCAUACAGGUGAUUUUCUGUCUCUGAGACAAGUCUUCUGUUAGCAGGUUUACUUCUACAGCGUAGGCUUAUAACUUUAGUCCACCCGCAGUGGAAUAUUCCUGAGGAAAUCACGACGACAACCACUUCUUCUAUAGCCACACUCUGGCUUAGUUUUAUUAACAGGCUCGAACAGACAGCCACACAAGUCAAGUUAGGUAGACAGAGAGAAAAACCAACAUUCUUCUUUUAUACUCUUGGAGAGUUAAGUAAUCUUUCAUUUUUUGCCUCACUUUUACUCAGACUUAUUUUUAUUUAUAUUAUUAUUGUUUUAUUUAUUUAUUUAUUUUUUAUUGAUUCUGAAUUUAUUGUUUAAUGCUGCAAUUGCCCCUCUGUUUGAUUGUAAUAAUGUAAACUGUUCUAUAAUUUCAAGCCAUAUUUUGCUCUAUAGUGUGUAGUUCAAUAAAAAACGAAAAAAAGUUCCACUUGCGCAUGCGCAGUACUCAUCCCCGCUGUCCGGGCCGCAGUGAAUUGACGUAAUGGCGCAGUCUGAUGACGUAUUUCUCCACAGAGAGGGAAAAUGGCUACUUCUGUCGGGCUGCAUGGCUCGUCUGCCCUCAAACUUACAGAGGGUUUAGUGUCGUUUCUGAAAGAACAGCGGCCCGAGUAUUUACCCGAGGUGCUGGUGAACUACAGAGAGCACGGACUGCAGAUCCAGGGACAGAAUGGUGCUGCAGGUUUGGUGGGUUUCAGUAAUACCAAGUUGUCCUCAAGCAAGACCAGGUUUGAGGGUCUAUGUCUGCUCUCCAUGUUGGUGAAGGACAGCACCAGUGAUCUGUUCCAGCAGCACUGCCUCUUCUGGCUGCGGUCCCUUCAGCAGAUUAUACAGUCUCAGGCUCCUGUUCAGACCAUCCAGCUGGCUGUCAACAUCCUGAAAGAUCUGCUUCAGUACUCGUGCCAACUAGCAGAGCUCGCCAGGGAGGUUGGUCUCAACUCCAUCCUGGGCAUCCUGACCUCUCUGCUGGGCCUGAAGACUGAGUGUGAACUUGCAGCCAUGGAGGGGAUGGUGGCCUGCAUGGUCUUCUACCCCAGAGCCUGUGGGUCCCUAAAGGAUAAACUAAGAGCGUAUUUCAUCUCCAAAAUGGACAGUAACAACAAGAAAACACAGGAGAUGGCCUGCUUGUGUUACAGUCAUCUGCCCUGUGUGGGGGGUCUGUUGGACAGAGCCGUAAGUGCUGGCAAGGCUGAUGGGUGGACCAAUCAGAUCCACUGUCUCCUGGCUACAGCGGAUGGCUUAUUGUCUCAGAUUUACAAAGGCUCAGAACCAGAAACUGUUGUGGAAUAUCAAGGUCCUGGAGUGGAGCUGGCCUUUCCUUACCUGGAUCCUACAGAAACACUCCAACUACUGCGGCUGCAGCAGAGAUACACGGCUGUCUGUAGAGCAGUAAAACACACUCUCAGAGUGGACCCAGCUUCAGCUGUUCGUCUACCAGUGAAGCCAGUCCUCAACCUGGUGUGUCGAGCUCUCGCUGUAAACGCCAAGAAUGCUAGUUUUUCAGCAGAUGGGAGUUUGAUGCUGUUGAUCUUACCCAGCAUUCACUGCAACACUUUAGAGAUGCUGUCAGAUCUGAUUACAGUGGUUCGCAGCAGCAUGGUUCCAUAUGCUGCCAUCAUUCAAAGGCUGUUUUCUCAGACUCUGUCUGCUUGGACUCCUGUGGUGGAAGCAGGUGUUGGACGGCAAAGAGGUUACAGCUCGGUUAGGGUGUCUGUGUACAAAACCUUAGAACUGUGGGUCAAGGUCGUAGGAGCUUCUGUGAGCAUUCUCCAGGAAAACCCAAUGCAUGCAGACCUGCUGUUUAAUAACCUGCUGGGUGACAUCACCCCAGGACCAGAAUCCAUCAAGCUCAGAGCAGGUCUGGGUGUGGAUGUAGUUCCAGGAGGAAAGCCGGGUCCUCGGAGGACAAAGCAUUUGGUCAUAGCAGAUCCAAUGGGUCCAUCACUGCAGAGAAAGGGGGACCCUUUGUCCAACCAGGAUACAUGCCUCGCUGCCCUCAGAGCAUUGAGGCAGAUCAUCCAGACCUGUGGUACACUGAUAAAGGAGGAUAUACACAAGAGGCUCCAUGAAGUCGUGUUGCCGCUGUGUGUGUGUCUGCAGCAGCAGAAAGGCUCUAGCUCUGUUUUCGAGUCCACCGGGGCCAUCAGUGGGCAGUACAGCAGCGCGCUCGCUCGUCGAGAGCUCUACAGGUUGCUGCUGGCUCUGGUUCUGGUCCCUUCACCGUCGUGGCCUCCACCUCUUACCUGUGCGGUGUCCAUCUUUAGCAACGGUCGCACUGACCGCAACCUCAAGGUCUCCUCGUUCUGUGCUGAGGCACUGACCAUCUGCAACACUAUAGUCCACCCACGCACCCACUCGAUUGCCCUGCCCUUACCCCCCCUCACUCUCAGACCCUCUGCCUCUGCUCCCGUGCUCUCUCCUCAGGGAUCAGCUCCCAGACUAACUUUGCCAACCCUCUUAGAAGGCCAUGGUUCUGGCCCUCCUUUCCCUUCCCGUCAGUCUCUGAAUCUGGGCCCCUCAUCGUUGUUGAGCUCUUUGGAAAACCACCUGUCCACCGUUCCAGGUCUGCCGGCUCAGGCCCCUACUCCAGGGGACUUGUUUUCUCCCCACCCCCACCAGCAGCAUGACUCCGCUGGGCUUGGGCUUCCAGAAAGUCAGAGACCUGUCUUUGUCCGCUUUGACAAAGAAGAGCCGGACGAUGUGGAGAUCUCUCUGGCAAGUGACUCUGAUGACAGUGUGGUCAUUGUUCCUCCAGGGAUGAUCACCUUGGACAACCAACAGGAUGAGGCAGCAGCGAAUCCUCAGACGAUGCUCUCUGCCGCGCCAGCUGGGAGUGGUGUUACGCUACCAGUAGUAGAAUCUAAUUCAAUGGUCCCCAUAACGGCAGCAACAACCACAAUCGAUGUGUCGACUCUCCCAAACGACUUGCCCACCUCAUCGUCUCUGCUCACCACCUCUGCCUCCUCCAUCAACUCCUUUCCUCCCCCCAGCGCCUCAGCAGCCACUCUGCCUCCAGCCUUGAAUUCCAGCAUCGUCUCAGAUCCACAUAGUGACCUGGGCGACUCGCUGCCUUGUAAACCCCAACUCCAGCAGAUGUUGAUGCAAACCCCAACAUCAAGCCAGGGCAGCUCCAUGGGUCUGCCACUCCAAAUGCACCAGCUGCAGAAUCAGCUGACUCAGCAGGGACGGCUCCAUCAGCAGCUGCCUGCACCCCCCAGCAACGAAGACUCCACAAUCAUUAACAUUAACAGUACCGAUGAUGAAGACGAAGAAGAGGAUCUGGAGGACGAUGAGGAGCUGGAGGAGGAAGAGGAGGGGCUGGAUGAAGAGGAUGAAGAAGAGGGAAGUGAUGACUUCUACGAUGGGGAGGAGUAUGAGGACUACGAUGAAGAAGAGGGGGAAGAGCUUGAGGAGGAGGAAGAGGAGGAAGAGAAUGGGGACAUGCCGCCACUGGAGGGAAGUGAGGAAAAGUUGGUCGAUGUUGCAAUUGAGGAGGGGCAAGUCCUCCAUCCUGCUGCCGCCGCUGAUGAAAAAGUGCUGACUGAGCACAAUGUGGAGGCAGACUCAGAAAGAGGAAUACAAGAACUCCAACCGCAGAGGACCAUGCUUGGAGAAGAGCGGGUGAAACUGCAGGAGGUCGAGAGCAUUGGAGUCCUGGAAGAUGCACUGGUCGGAGUGGAAGAGGAAGAUGAAAGUGAAAGGAUGGAUGAUCCCACAAUGCCACAAAUCAUCUGUGUCAGCGGAGGAGCCCAGGAAAGCAUAGAAACUGGGGAUGAAGGGGAAGGAACAGCACAUGUCCUUCAAGAAGACACGAGUAAUCAACCUGCCAAGGAGGACGAGCUGAAAGCUGCUCCAGAAGAACAGACAAGUUUCAGCGCAGAGCAGGAGCCUGAGGUGGAAACUGCACAGGAGGAUGAGAGCAGCAGCAGCAAAACAUCAGAUCAACCUGCAGAACUACCAGCUGCUGCUCCAGAAGAACCAACAGAAGCAGGUCAGCAAAGUCCAGCUGAUCUGAACACAGGAGAACAACAGGAGGAAAACCAAGCCUCUGAGGAUGGAGAGCAGCCAAAAGAUGGAGAAGAAGAGGAGAAAAACAGGAGUAUCGAACCCCAAAGAGAGGAGAGUGACAAAGAGGAGGCUCAUGGGACGAAGAGGAAGAGAGAAGAAGAACUGACAGAAGAAGCUGGACCAAGCACAGAAAAGAAAAAGGUGGAUGAUGAAGCAAUGGCGUCCAUGCUGGCAGAUUUUGUGGCGUGUCCACCUGAUGAUGAGGCUGCACCUGGAUCAACAUGUUCAUAAAUGUUUGCCUUUUUGAAAUGAAUGUUGUUAGGAUCACAUUGAUGCUGAUAGAUAGAUGUCUUUAGUCCCAUGCUCAAGAUUAGUUACUUUUUUUCCACUUAACUGUAUUUUUUCAUCCCUACUACACUUUUCUGAUCUUGUUGGGAAUAUCAGUCAGCGCAUACUCCUUUACAUUCCACAGCAUGUUACUAGCAGAAAAAAAUGUUGUAUUUUUUGUUUUAAGUGAACAGAAGCAACCCCCCCCAUCCCCCCCAGUGAAGCUGUUGCUCAAACACACUAUACAUGCAUAUAGUAGGAUUUUGAAAAUUGUGCCCAUUUCAAAAAGACUUUACAAGAUUUCUUUUUGUCAUUUUUGGUCUUACAAUAAAAUAUUGCACCAAUUA